AUGGAUUUCCAUUUGCCGCCAGCCAUAGAAGGCCUUUGGCUUGAACGGCUUCUACCAUCAAGCUCCAAUGCUUGCAUGGUAGCGGCCUACGAAGGGCUGGCGCUGCAAUGGGAACGGGGAAUUUCAUGGCACAGGCAGGCUCUUGUGAGACCUCAGAUCUCCGACAUGACCGACUACUUGAACAAGUACUUCAAAUCCACGUCUACGGCCUCCAGCAGCUGGUGGGAAGCCAACCGAGUGGUCGCGAUCAGAACCGAGAAGAAGAGGAAGCCUCGAUCUGAGGAUCGCAAGGCGGCUGAGGACGAGGACAAAAGUUCCACAAGAGCCAAGAGCUCAGGAACCAAUGGCCCGAAGAAGAGCUGCGCCUAUGACCAGCGCCAGAAACAACAUGGCAUGUGGAAAGAUCGGGAUGAACCUGGUGAUGAACUUGAUGAGAUUGUCGACCAGAAUCAAAUGUCCCGUCAAUACUACAAGACUAGCUAUGGCAGAGGCCGGUCCUAUGAGAAAGGAGGUGGAAAGGGAAAGAGUGGAUCAAUGACAGGCUUGCGAUGUGAGGGAGGACACAAAACCUUUGAAUGUCCUGACAAACAAUUUCCAAAGCCACACGCCAACAUGACCGAGUCAGCUCCCUUUGUCUGCUUUGCUGAAGCAGACGACGAGAAGGCUUACUACCAAGGCGAAGAUCCCGGACAUGACCUUCUGACCACAAGUGAGGCCGUCCAGCAAGGGUUUGGAAUCAUAGAUGCGGGUGAAUCACACUACCAGCUGAGCUACCUCGAAGUGAAGGUCCAGCAGCCCGAGUACUGCCAGUGGCUCAUCAAAACCCAGCAAGAAGGUCCCUGCUGCUAUCGCCUGCGGCGUCCCGCCCUGUGGCUGGAAGACACCAACGAUAUGACCAUGAACCUUCCGCCCCAUGACAUUACUGCCAAUGCCUUUCGUGACGUCAGCCGUCGCAGCCCUUUUGUUUUGAUGGAGGAUGUCCCAUCCCUGGAGGAAUGGCAGCGAAAUCAGGAUCCGGAACAGAUGCCAAAUGUGGCAAUGGACGAACCAGCAUCAAGUUCAUCCGGACCACCACCACCAAGAUUGCGACACAGCUAUAAGUUGCCAUUGAUGUUCCUACCACUAGAAGGGGGAGAACAACAGUUCGAACAUGAUAUCCAGGGUUAUUUCGUGGGUGCCCUCAAACGUCGUGCGGUAGAAGUGAGUGAGAAACGGAUGGAUCCAGAAACGAAACAGUUGCUUGACGUGAGUAUCCCGGGAGGUUAUUUUGCAUACCAUGUGAUGAAAUAUGCACAGCCAUGGAUCUGGAACCUGGACCAAUCACCCGUGUCAAAAGAAGCUGUUACGGUUGCGCCACACGUCAGUGCGGAAGUAAGCCUGUUGCUGAGUGAGGCCACAGAAAGCACAGUGGACGCGAUCAUCAGGUUGUUCCUGGAUCACGUUGGGACCCCUAAAGCACACCAGGAUCGAGCUGUCAGUCUCAUCCGAGCUAUCAGUCUCAUCGACCUGGUGAUGGGGAAGAUGCAGUUUUUCGCAACAUACCUUACGGGUCCUGCAGAAGUAGUGCCCAUUGAGGAUUCUGACUCCUCAAUGCCUGCCACGGGACAGACGAGCAGGUUAGGUCCUCGACAAAGUGAAGACGUGUCGAUGCCUAUGUCUACGGCACCUUCGGACGAGCAGACCGUGCAGAAUUCGGGCAGUCAGACAGGGAGCCAGGCGUACAGUACUAUGUAUGGCACGUCUGCCCUUGCGAAUGCCACAACUGCAACGACCAAUUCCAACUCAUCGGGAUCAGAUUUCGAUAUCCCAGGCGUGAGCCAAAUCUCAAGUGAAGAGAGCAAGGAAAGUGAGCCCCCUCCGGCUCCCCUGCAGGUGUUCAACAGCCUCGAGCAGCAUCAAAAUGGCACCUGUAAACCGUGCCGGUUCUUCCAGUUGAAAGAGACCGGCUGCCGACUUGGAGACACUUGCAGGUUUUGCCACUUUUGCUCUAGAGAACAAGCGAAAUCAGAUCGUCUCCGGGUGAAAUACGAAGUGCGCAGAAACAAGCGGCUGAGAUCCCUUCAUGGCAUCUUGGCCUCAUGGUAUUGGGGGGGCGGAUGUACUCCAAAGGGGUAUUCUGCAGGAUUCUGCACGGAUGUUGGACUUUGA